GCGCCCUGCCGCGCAGGCGCACUGCUGUGCUUCGCGGCCGCGGCGUCUGUGGAGAGACCUCGGCGCGUCAGGUUCUCGUUCGGGGGCAGCGCUUGUGGAGUCAGGCGUCGGACAUGGCGGAGGCGAUGGAUUUAGGCAAAGACCCCUACGGACCCACCCAUUCCUCAACUCUGUUCGUGAGGGAGGACGGCAGCUCUAUGUGCUUCUACGUGCGGCCCAGCCCGGCCAAGCGCCGGCUCUCGACGCUCAUCCUGCACGGCGGCGGCACCGUGUGCAGGGUGCAGGAGCCGGGGGCCGUGCUGCUGGCCCAGCCCGGGGAGGCGUUGGCCGAGGCCUCGGGCGACUUCAUCUCCACGCAGUACAUCGUGGACUGCGUGGAGCGCAACUCGAGGCUCGAGCUGGAGGCCUAUCGGCUGGGUCUCGCCCCCGCGGUCGACCAGUCCCCGGAGACGAAGCCGGGGGCCCCGGCGGAGGGCGCCUCGGAGCCCGAGCCGCAGCCGCUGGCGGGGCGCGUCGCCUUCACGGACGCGGACGACGUGGCCAUCCUGACCUACGUGAAGGAGAACGCCCGCUCGCCCAGCUCCGUCACCGGCAACGCCUUGUGGAAGGCGAUGGAGAAAAGCUCGCUCACGCAGCACUCGUGGCAGGCCCUGAAGGACCGCUACCUCAAGCACCUGCGGGGCCAGGAGCACAAAUACCUGCUGGGGGACGCCCCGGUGAGCCCCUCCUCCCAGAAGCUCAAGCGGAAGGCGGAGCAGGACCCGGAGGCCGCGGACAGCGGGGAACCACAGAAUAAGAGAACUCCAGAUUUGCCCGAAGAAGAAUAUGCGAAGGAAGAGAUGAAGGAGAAUGAAAAAGUAGUCAAAAAGAUGCUUGUGGAAGCCACCCAGGAGUUUGAGGAGGUGGUGGUGGACAAGAGCCCUGAUUUUGAAAUACAUAUAACAAUGUGUGAUGAUGAUCCACCCACACCUGAGGAAGACUCAGAAACACAGCCUGAUGAGGAAGAAGAAGAAGAAAAGGCUUCUUCACCAGAGGUGGGAGCUGCCAUUAAGAUCAUCCGGCAGUUAAUGGAAAAGUUUAACUUGGAUCUAUCAACAGUUACACAGGCCUUCCUAAAAAAUAGUGGUGAGCUAGAGGCUACUUCCUCCUUUUUAGCAUCUGGUCAGAGAGCUGAUGGGUACCCCAUUUGGUCCCGACAGGAUGACAUAGACUUGCAAAAAGAUGAUAAGGAUACCAGGGAUGCAUUGAUCAAAAAAUUUGGUGCUCAGAAUGUAGCUCGGAGAAUUGAAUUUCGAAAGAAAUAAUUUGCCAGAUAAUGAAGAAAAAAUAACAGUGGCAGAUAAACAGGUAAAAAAAAAAAAUUGUGAUCAUUGAACUAUAGAGAGUACUUACAUUGGACCCUGAGGCUUAUCUUUUGAUGAAUGUUGUCAUUGCUUUUAGAGUCCUAGAUUAAAUAAAGAGUCUCCUAUCUUUUGACA